CAGAGAGGAGCGCAUCCGGACCGCUAAACUGAGACUGAACGUAGUGCGCUGUGUUAGAGAUGGCAGCCAUAAAAAGAACGGAGAUGGUGUUUCUCGUCUUAUUUUUCACCAUCGCGGGCGUGGCUUGCGACGGACACGCCCUCCACACGUCCUGGGCGCAGAUUGACCAGCUGUGGAAAGACGAAUCCGAGGCCAUAGCACGGAUACGAACGACAAUGCAUUCUCUUAGCAAAUUGAAUGAAGUUCUGAAAAGAUACGUCGCUUCAUGGGAGGACCUGACAGGAAGCAGCGACUCCGGGGCGAGAAGCGGAGACCCAGCGGCUGCCUUUGCUUUACUGCAUCACGUGUCAAGGGGGUGGAAGCACGUUGAUCAGGUGUUGCAGGAGACUAAGGGGGUUUUGGGUGAUAUUGAACACCUGGCUUCGCGUCCGGACAGAGAACUCCUUCCGAACACCGACGACCUGAUUGGCGCGUCCGAAUCCCUGGCGAGACUGGCGCAUGUUUACCGUCUCAAUACGACCGAAUUAGCGCGCGGGGGUCUCCAUACUACGGUAGAUCGAGAGAGAGAUUCGUCAUACCACACGCUUUCGAUGAGUGACUUGGCCCACAUAGGUCUGGUGGCGAUCAACAAGGGCUUCCUCGGCGUGGCGGUCGAGUUCCUGAGGGCGGCGAGGUCGAAGGCAGACGUCCACGCGCGUGUGGGUUUGGAGGGAGAGGGCUUCGGUCCGGAGUACACGCCGGAGAGGCUGGAGGAGUUGAUCAGCACGGCCGUCAGAGUGCAUGACCACGUGCUGGACAUGCGCGGGCCCGCUCCCUGACCCACGCCACGGCACCGCGCCCCUUCUCAAAGGCUCGUGCCCGCGGGAGUGCCACGCUGACGCCCGAGCUCUCAGAGGUGGUGGUGGGCACGGAGU